AUGAUGUUGCCAAUGGUCGUGUUGCUAUGGCUGGGCUGCUCGCUGCUGUGGCCGGUGGGCGCUAUGCGCUCGGACUAUUUGGCCCAGCUGCGGCAGGAUACGGUGGACAUGUUCUAUCACGGGUAUAGCAGCUAUAUGGAGCAUGCCUUUCCCGAGGACGAGUUGCGUCCAAUAUCAUGUGCUCCCCUAACGCGAGAUCGAGACAACCCCGGGCGAAUCAGCUUGAACGAUGCUCUUGGCAACUACUCCCUGACUCUGAUAGACAGCUUGUCCACGCUUGCGAUACUGGCUGGUGGCCCACAGACUGGCUCAUAUACUGGUCCACAGGCUCUGAGUGACUUCCAAGAUGGCGUGGCCGAGUUUGUGCGCCACUACGGAGACGGCAGAGAGGGGCCCUCUGGUGCUGGGAUACGUGCUAGAGGCUUCGAUCUGGACAGCAAAGUUCAGGUGUUUGAAACAGUCAUUCGUGGCGUCGGCGGGCUCUUGAGCGCACACUUGUUUGCCAUAGGGGAACUGCCUAUUACUGGAUACAAUCCCAAGCCGGAGGGAGUCGCAGGCGACGACCCCUUGGAGCUUCCCCCUAUCUCAUGGCCGAAUGGAUUAAAGUACGACGGCCAGCUGUUGAGGCUUGCCCUUGACCUUUCCGAAAGACUGCUUCCUGCGUUUUAUACUCCAACCGGUAUUCCGUAUCCUCGAGUCAACCUCCGCAGCGGCAUCCCUUUUUAUGUCAACUCUCCCCUCAACCAAAACCUGGCGGAGGCAAUGGGGGAGCAGAGUGGUCGUCCAGAGAUUACCGAGACCUGUAGUGCUGGAGCUGGAAGUCUAGUUCUUGAGUUUACCGUCUUAAGCAGACUUACGGGAGACCCGAGGUUCGAGCAAGCUGCCAAACGAGCCUUCUGGGAAGUGUGGCAUCGCAGAAGCGAAAUCGGCCUGAUCGGUAACGGCAUCGACGCCGAACGAGGGCUAUGGAUUGGUCCGCACGCAGGUAUCGGAGCAGGUAUGGACAGCUUCUUCGAAUAUGCGCUCAAGAGCCACAUCCUUCUCUCGGGGCUUGGCAUGCCCAACGCCUCCACGUCUCGCCGACAGAGUACGACCAGCUGGCUGGAUCCAAACUCCCUUCACCCCCCUCUACCGCCUGAGAUGCACACAUCAGACGCCUUUCUUGAAGCAUGGCAUCAAGCUCACGCGUCGGUCAAACGAUACUUGUACACCGACAGGAGCCAUUUCCCCUAUUAUUCGAACAAUCAUCGUGCCACAGGCCAGCCGUAUGCCAUGUGGAUCGAUAGUCUGGGUGCCUUCUAUCCGGGGCUUCUGGCUUUGGCCGGUGAAGUCGAAGAGGCCAUUGAGGCGAAUCUUGUCUACACAGCAUUGUGGACUCGGUACUCUGCACUGCCUGAGCGCUGGUCUGUCCGUGAAGGCAAUGUCGAAGCUGGCAUCGGCUGGUGGCCCGGGAGACCCGAAUUCAUCGAAUCCACAUACCACAUUUAUCGUGCUACCAGAGAUCCGUGGUACCUUCAUGUCGGUGAGAUGGUACUCCGCGACAUCAUGCGUCGGUGCUUCGCUGAAUGUGGCUGGGCCGGGCUCCAGGACGUUCAGACGGGCGAGAAGCAGGAUCGCAUGGAGAGCUUCUUCUUGGGGGAAACGGCAAAGUACAUGUACCUGCUGUUCGAUCCAGAUCACCCGUUAAACAACCUAGAUGCCGCCUAUGUCUUUACCACAGAAGGCCAUCCACUUGUUAUACCAAAAAGCAAGAGAGGAAACCCUAAUCGAGAGAAUGCUCUCAAAGUGAAGAAGAAGAAGAGCAAAGACGUAGCAGUCUACACGUACUACGACGAAAGCUACACCAACUCUUGUCCUGCGCCUCCCGCGCCUCUGGAGCACCAUUUGAUGAGUUCAGCCACCGCAGCCAGGCCAGACUUGUUUGCCGUUUCCCGGUUCACAGAUUUAUACAACACGCCCAAUGUGCAUGGGCCCCUCGAGUUGGUUGAGAUGCGUGACAAGAAGAAAGGACGGGUGGUCGGAUACAGGGCCACUUCAAAUUACACCAUCUUCCCGUGGACUCUUCCACCGGCCAUGUUGCCCGAGAACGGCACUUGCGUUGCUCCUCCCGAGCGUAUCAUAUCGUUGAUAGAGUUUCCAGCCAACGAUCUUGCCAGCGGCAUUGCAUCGCGAUUCGGCACGCACCUCUCGUGGCAGACGCAUCUGGGACCGACGGUCAAUAUGCUAGAAGGACUGAGACUUCAGCUCGAGCAGGAGUUGGACCAAACUACAGGUGAUUAUAAGUGGAGGAUUACACACAUUGGCAACACGCAACUUGGACGCCAUGAAACCGUCUUCUUUCACGCUGAACACAUCAGACAUCUCAAGGACGAGGUGUUCUCCUGCAGGAGAAGGAAAGAUGCGGUGGAGAUUGAGCUGCUCGUGGACAAGCCAGAAACCAGCAACAGUACGCUUGUCCUGUCCGAAGAUGAAGAGACGGAUGAUAUGGGGGAUGACGACGCGGAAACCGCAUCAAACUCGUUAUUUCAGUCCCUACUCCGCGCCGUGUCCUCCGUCUUCGAGCCCGUUUACACAGCCCUUCCACAGUCGGACCUCAGCGAGGCCGCCAAGAUAUACAGCUACGAUGCAUACACUUCAACCGGCCCCGGCGCAUAUCCCAUGCCGUCUAUCCCGGACACCCCCAUCACCGGCAACCCGUUUUACAACUUCAAGUACCCGGCGUUCAACUUCCCUUGGUCGACCGUCUAUCUCGCCGAUCAGGCCUGCGACGGACCGCUCCCCGCGGCCGCGCCGCGCGAGCAUCAAGUCAUUGUCAUGCGCCGUGGAGGAUGCUCCUUCAGCCGCAAGCUGGAUAACAUCCCCAGCUUCUCGCCCCACGAGAAGUCGCUGCAGCUGGUCAUCAUCCUCGACGAGCCGCCCACAAGUCCAGAUGGCGGCGAUGAAGACGGCGGCGUGGCCCGCGAUAGAGGGGACCUCCCUCGGCCGCUACUGGACAGGGAACAGACCACGCCCAAGGGGAUGAAGCGCCUGCACGGCAUCCCCAUGGUUCUCGUGAGAGCCGACCGCGGCGACUAUGAGCUUUUCGGGAGCGCUGCAGGCGUGGGCAUGAGGAGAAAGUAUCGGGUCGAGAGCCAGGGGCUUGUUGUGGAGAAUGCUGCCGUCUUGUAA